AUGAACGAAGAAUCAACAGAUUCCACAUCAACAUUUUCUGGAUUUUCAACUAAAACGGAAUCUAUGAUUGAAAUGAUUCCAGUUCAAAAAAUAGAAGUAACAAAAAAAGGACAUCUUGGUGCAAGUGAAAUGAGAAGAAUAGGUGUUUAUUUUAAUGAUGAAGUAGAUUUUAUUAGGGUGAUGAUGGUUAGUAAAAUUUAUAAAGACUUUGUUGACGGAUAUAGGUUUAAUCCUAUAAGUAAAAUAAAAUUAUUUAAAACAAUAGAAGAACAACAUUUAUAUUAUAUUAAUGAUAAGUUAUAUCCAAAAUUACAUCAUGUAUAUCGAUAUAAAGUAGAUUAUUCAUUUUAUUUAAAACAUAGAGAAGAUAAUUGUGACUUUAGAUUUAUCAGUUAUUCUUCACCUACAUCCCGUCCUGUAACUAUUGGGUAUGGUAUUACUCAUAUCAAUGAUCAAGGGUUAUAUGCUAAUACAGUUGAAUCAAUUGAUUUACCUCCAACAUUAAUUUCAAUAGGGAUUAGUGCUUUUGAAAAAUGUGAUGCAUUGACAUCAAUUAAUUUAUGUAAUGUUAUUAGAUUAUCAGAACGUUCAUUUGCUGAAUGCAAAAAAUUAAAGCAAAUUAAUAUCCCUUCAACAGUGAAAAUUAUUGGAAAAGAGUGUUUUAAAGGAUGUACUUCAUUAUCAUCUAUUACUUUACCAUCUCAAUUAGAAAAUAUAGGAAAAGCAUGUUUUUUAGGAUGUAGUGGUAUAGUUAAUGUUAAUGUAAAAGGAAGGGUAUUUAAAGGAUUAGUUUCAUAUCAUUUGUCUAGACUUAUAUCAAGACUUAUUAUUAAAUGUAAAAACAUUGAAUAUACAGUAAGUGAUAGAGAAUUAUAUGGAAAUAAUAUUCCUGAUGGUGUUAGUUUAAUUGGUGAUGGAUGUUUUAGUUCUAUUUCAAUACAACACAUUACAAUACCAACUUCAGUAAAAGAACUUGGAAAUAAAGCUUUUUCAAAAUGUACUCAAUUACGCAAAAUUCAAAUUAAUGGAAAUUCUCUUCAAAUAUUAGGAAUGGGUGUUUUUAUGUGUUGUUAUGAGUUAGAGUCUAUUGAAUUACCUAAUAGUAUUGAUUCUAUUAGUGAAAGUUGUUUUGUUUGGUGUAGAAAUCUUCAACACAUUAAACUUCCUGAAGGAAUUACUUCCAUCCAAAAAUCUUCUUUUGAAAAUUGUAAGAGUUUAGUUUCUAUUGAACUUCCAAAAAGUUUAAUUUCUAUUGGAGAUCAUGCAUUUUCAUUUUGUGAUUCUUUAGAACAUAUUGUCUUACCUGAAAAAUUACAAUACCUUUAUGAAGAAUGUUUUAGUAAUUGUAAAUCAUUAAAAUCAAUCAAUCUUCCUUCUUCUUUACUCUUUAUUGGUGAAAAAUCUUUUGAUGGAUGUGUUGUAUUAAAUGAAGUUUAUUGGAAUGACUCAAAAAAUUUUACUGUAAAAGUAUCUCUACGUAUUGCAGAAUUAUUAUGGAAAAAAGGGGUUCAAUGUGACUCCGUUAUCUUUACAACAGAAGAUAGAAUACUUCAUCAAAAUAAAGUUCCUAAUGGUGUUACAGAAUUGUCGAAAGGAAGUUUUUUUGGAAGUGAUGUUGAAAUAGUUUCAUUGCCAUCUACAGUAAAAAAAAUUGGUGAUUAUUGUUUUUAUCAAUGCAAACAACUAAAGAAAAUAAGAUGUUCUGAAAAAAUUAAAAUAGGAAAGAAUUGUUUUGGAGAAUGUAAAAGUCUUGCUGUAGAAUACUUUUGA